AUGGAGCCCUCGGGGCUGGAGCAGGAGGGCCCGGGCCAGACCCACCCGCACCACGAGCCCAUCAGCUUCGGCAUCGACCAGAUCCUGAGCAGCCCGGAGCAGGGCAGCUGCUUGGGGCCGGCCCGCCCGGCGGGGGAGCUGGACUACGCGCUCUACGGGAGCGGCUGCAGCGGCGCCUACAACCCCGCCUGCUCGCUGGGCUCCUACAGCCUCAGCCGGAGCAUGAACGUGGCCGCACGGGCCGCGCCGGGGGGCCCCGCGGGGGGGGUGAUCCGGGUGCCGGCGCACAGACCUCUGCCCCCAGCGCCCGGGGCGCCCGCCGCGCCCCCGCAGCCGGGGGUCCCCGGCCUCUCCAGCCUCACCUUCCCCUGGAUGGAGAGCAGCAGGCGGCUCGCCAAAGACCGGCUUUCAGCUGCCCUGUCCCCGUUCACGGUGACGCGGCGCAUCGGGCACCCCUACCAGAACCGCACCCCCCCCAAGAGGAAGAAGCCGCGCACGUCCUUCAGCCGAGUGCAGAUCUGUGAGCUGGAGAAGCGCUUCCACCGGCAGAAGUACCUGGCCUCGGCCGAGCGGGCCACCCUGGCCAAGGCCCUCAAGAUGACGGACGCCCAGGUGAAGACCUGGUUCCAGAACCGCCGCACCAAAUGGAGGAGGCAGACGGCGGAGGAGCGCGAGGCCGAGCGCCAGCAGGCCAACCGGCUGAUGCUGCACCUGCAGCAGGAGGCCUUCCAGAAGAGCCUGAGCCAGCCGCUGCCGCAGGACCCGCUCUGCAUGCACAACUCCUCCCUCUGCGCCCUGCAGAACCUGCAGCCCUGGGCCGAGGACAAGAAGGUCACGUCCGUCUCAGGGGUGGCAUCAGUGGUGUGAGGCCCCCACGCUGCCCCUUGGAGCAGGGGGGAGAGACCUGUCUGCACAUCCCCACGGAGGCUGCGGGGUGGCUGGGGCUGAGGCCGGACCCUCCUUGCCUGCAGCAGAUGCAGACCCCUGGGGCAUGGGCUGCUGCCCCCAGGGACCAUGAUGCCAGUGCGCUCCCUGCUGUGAGCCUGCCCUGGCUGGGGUCUGCCCGGCCUCAGCACCCACGGGGGAGCAAGGAGCCCCAGACACACACCCCACCCCCCGGCAAGCCAGUCCCGGCUGACUGACUCAAAGGCUCUGCCUACAGCUGACUUAGUGACCUAUACUGCCAGUAAAGGGUUAAAGUCUGUGGUUAAUGGAGACCUAGAUCCCAUCCGCAAGGGCCCUCCCCAUGGGAGCUGGGCCCCUGUACCUGGCUGGGGCUCUCCAGGGCAAUACGUGGCCCUUCCCCCCUCACUGCCAGGGGUACAGCCACCCUGACACCUCAGGGCCUGCCCAGAGCUGCCCCAGUAUCAGCGAGGCCCAGCCCCCACUUUUCUGUUAGGACUGGAGGCUCCCAGCCUUUGCAGCUCCGCCUGGCUGUGCUGCUGAGGCCCAGGGAUGGAGGGGACAGCCCCCCAUGGGGAGAAGUGGGAGGGGGCCUUGCCCUGGGGCCCACAGGGAGCUGGAGGGUGAAUGGUGCCCUGGGGCCAGCUCAUCACAGAGUGAGCAUGGAGCUGCGGGGUCAGCCUGGGGCAGCGCCAUGUCCAUCCAGCCCGGGGUCCUGUCUGCGGGCAGUGGCUGGUGCCAGAGGAUGAGGAGAGCAGCGGGGGCUUGGAGCAGAACCACAUGGGAUCUGACUUGAGCCGGAGCAGAGCUUUCAGAGAACUGCCCACACUUGAGUUCAGCUUGGUCAGGGAUGGAGAAUCCACCAUGACCCCAGGGAAACGGUCCUGUGCUUAUUUUCCUCUCUUAACAAAUUCCACCUUCUUUCCAGGCUCAGAUAGUCUGGCUUCAGCUUCCAGCCUUGGAUCUGUCUGACCAGAGCGAAGAGGGUUUUGUUUCCAAAUUUACGUUCCGCACGUAAGAAUGUGCAGGCUGGGAUCAAGUCACCCCCGAACCUUCCCGUUGAGCCCCUGGAGUGUGUCACUCCAGGGCAGGUUUCUCAUCUCCUCUGACCCUGCUCCAAUCUAGCCACGUCCUUCGGGCACCGGAUCCCAGCAGCAGCCGCCCCAGGGCCGGAUACAGAAGGAAAAUCACCUCUCUGCUGCUGCUGGAGAUUCCCGUUUACACAUCCCAGGAUCGCGUUAGCUCUUCCUGGCUGCAGCGUGGCAGGGGGAGCUCAUGUUCAGCCUGAUCCCCCCCGCCCCCAUCUCUGUUCCCGCCGUCGGAGCCCCCGCCCCGCAGGACGGCCUGCACUGUCUGCUCCUAGAUGGGACUUCACGCUGGGUUGAACUGACUGACACAUGGUUUGCUUGUGCCCAGCUUGAUCGGGGGUGGGGUCGGCCUGCUCUGUCCUGGGCCUCCCCAUGCUGAUCUCCCUCCCCAUCCAUCAGGGCUGAUCAGCCCUUGCCCUGGGCGUGGCGGGAGCUAGGUGCCUGGUCUUCAACUGGAAAGUCCGGUGGAAAAGGGGACCUGGUCAGAUCUACUGACAGACACCCAAAGUCCGGUUACUGCGAGCACGGAGGCGCUGGGUUAUCACCUGCAUCCGCGCCAUCUCAGCAAGGGCCGCCUCCUACCUGCCUCGCCCGGCUCC